GAUCGCAAAUCCAACUAAAUAUUUGCACCUGUCGAUCUUAAGUUUGAUACGGGCGUUGAAUCCUUAAUCAAUCUAUUUUUCAUAUACUAAAUGAACGAUUUAGAGCGUAGAAGUUACCAUCUGCAUUUUACGCCUUCUUCGACUCCAGGAGUUUUCUCAUCGAAUGGAAGCUGAUUUUAGUUUAAAAUCUUUACCAGGAUUAACGUGAUGAAUUGGAGGCAUUUUGUCAAAAAGGAGCUGGGCCAUAGCACAAAUAUUAAUUACCUCUCAACACCAAGGUUUCUACCACAUGGAUCAAUCACAAAAGAAGGAUACUCUUUUGCAAGACAAACUUUGCAAAACAUACAUGGGACUUGUAGAAAGCCAUCUUCAUUUGGGUUGCCUGAUGUGCUGGGAAAAAAAUUCAAGUUUCAGUGUUCGCAACAAAAGUCAUACUGGUGUGGGGUAGAACAGAAGUAUGGGAUUGUGUGGAAGCACUCUUAUAAACAGUGUUCUCUUUCAACACUUCUAAUUGUUUCCAGACUUAAAGUAGGUUUUUAUGGGGCACAGAGUUGGAAAGGGUUUUCUGUAUUAGCACAAAAUGCUGGCAUGACUUGCCAGGUUCAAUCUACAUGGACAAGAUUUUCAUUGACAUAUGGCAUUAGUUGGCCUAUGUUUCAACCCAUAAGCAGGAUUGCUCGUGCUGUGAGCUUUACAUGUUGUAGAUCAAAUAUUGCUUCUCGUGUCUUAGCUGUUAUUAUUGGACAGGCCUCCUUUGCACAGAGUGUGUUAGCUGAAUCAAAAACAAUGCAGACAUUUAAUCCUUGCAGCCCAGCAAAUAACAACUAUAACAUUUUGACCUCAUUUAUCUGGGCCAUCAUGGAAAGAUUCAUGUUACUUCUACGGAUACUGUACUUGAUGACUUUAUUUGCUCCAGCUGUUGCAAUGGCUCCCUUUGUAGACACUUUUGGAGGAAAUUAUAGGAAAUUAUGGAUACACAUUUUACAUUGCUCAUUGGAAAAAGCAGGUCCGGCUUUCAUCAAGUGGGGUCAAUGGGCGGCUACACGGCCAGACUUGUUUCCAAAUGAUAUUUGUGAUCAGCUGGCAAAACUGCAUUCAAAGGCUCCAGCACAUGGAUUUUCCCAUACAAAAAAGACUAUUGAAAGUGCUUUUGGUCACAGGCUUCAGGAUAUAUUUGAGGAUUUUGAAAUUGAGCCUGUAGCUUCUGGUAGUAUUGCCCAGGUACACAGGGCUGUGCUAAGAUUUCAGGGUCCAGGUCAGGAAGUAAAGCCUAUGAUAGUGGCUGUGAAAGUAAGACAUCCAGGAGUAAGGGAAGCAAUCAGUAGAGAUUUUAUGAUAAUAAAUUGGGUUGCAAAGGUUUCCAGUUUUCUGCCUACAUUACAAUGGUUAAGACUUGAUGAAAGUGUUCAACAAUUUGCUGUCUUUAUGUUGUCCCAAGUUGAUCUUGCAAGAGAAGCUGCACACUUGAGUCGAUUUCUUUACAACUUUCGUAAAUGGAAGGAUGUUUCUUUUCCAAAGCCAUUAUAUCCUCUUGUACAUCCAGCAGUUUUGGUAGAAACCUUCGAACAAGGUGAAAGUGUUGCACAUUAUGUCGAUCAACCAGAAGGAAACUAUGUUGUUAACAGUGCUCUUGCUAAUAUUGGCACAAACACUCUUCUUAAAAUGGUUCUGGUUGAUAAUUUCAUCCAUGCAGAUAUGCAUCCUGGAAAUAUUCUGGUUCGCAUGAGAUCAGAUUUACCUUCUAGUAAGCACCUUUUCCCAUGUAAGCCCCAUGUGGUCUUGCUGGAUGUAGGUAUGACUGCAGAGCUCUCUGAGAAUGACAGGCUGAAUAUGUUGGAGUUCUUCAAAGCUAUUGCAUUAAGGGAUGGUCAGGCAGUUGCAGAGUACACUUUGAAGUUUUCAAGACAUCAGACGUGUCCUGAUCCAGAUGCUUUCAUUAAGGAUGUUGAUUCUACAUUCAAAUUGUGGCGUACACCUGAAUGUAAAGUUUUACAUCAGUCAGAUUGCAUGCACAAGUUGCUUGAACAAGUGAGACGUCAUAGAGUGAAUAUUGAUGGAAAUGUAUGCACUGUGAUGGUGACGACAUUGGUCCUUGAGGGUUGGCAAAGGAAGUUAGAUCCAAGUUACGAUGCCAUAGAGACAUUACAGGCUCUAAUUUUGAAAGCUGAUUGGACUGAAUCUCUGUUGGAUACAAUUGGAGGUAUUGUGGCCCCAUAACAUUUUGUAACAGGGGGAUUGUGGUUUGCCAAAAUAUUUUACAGCAGAUGCAUUGAUGAUGCAUUUUGUAAUUCAGUUGAGUAGUCUUGGUAUAUUGAUGUGGUAACCUGUUAAGGCUACCACAUAAAUUAUAGAGGCAGUGAAAGCAUAAAUUUUGUUACGUGCAAAUAGGAUUUGUCAUCAUAAAAAAUAAAACCAUUGUUUCUUGUCCUAAAAUUUAUUCAGCCAUUGGUCUAUGAGAAAAACAAUCACGUACUAGGAAACUGCAUUCAAAUUUUGUUUGUAUCAUAUCCUCUUGGAGUCAAGAUUCUUUAGCAAACAACGUUUAGGCAUCAUGUCAUCCGUAUAUUUUGAUUCAUAUUCUUUAAAAACUUUGAGCACUUCUUUUUCA